CUUUGUGUGGCUGCUUUAAAACUUUUGCAGAUUUAUUUAAGAUUUCUCACUGGUUACUUUUUAGGGGAAGAAAUAAUCAAGUUACGUCUCUGAACUUAGGAUAUUUACUGCACCCUUAAAAGAAAAACCAAGUCGAUAAAGCUGAUAAACAUAUUGUCAGUUUGUCUAUCACCGUGGCACGUCGAAAGAGAAGAUUAUAAAAUUUGGCGGUCAAACUGCUUCCUAUAUAUGUCCAAGAAUGGGCUGUUUAGCUCUACUACUGUCGACAUUGCUGCUAUUUUGCCAUGGUUUCGACAUAAAAACCCGACAGCACUGCUGUAGCUUAGGAACUAAUUAUUCAUCGAACAAUCAAGCAUGCAAAACAUUUCAGCCGCCAAUUCCAGGUGUCUCAACUAUAGAUGAAAGAGCUUGCCUCAAUACAGUCGAUUUCUGUUGCAAAAAGGAAAUGCGAAUUAGACAGUGUGACUUAGGUAAAGAAGAUGCUAAAGCCAAUUGUACAGAAAACGACGGAGAUAGGCGAGACUGUUGUGAAGCAUGUCGGUUAGGUGUAGAAUCAAAAAAAAAUGGUGAUUUAUGUUUCGACUCACUUCAGUUGGGACCACCGUAUUCUGAAGCUUUUAUAAGUUGUUGCGAGGAAGCUGAUGUAGAAGCAACUGCCACAAGUACAACUCCCAAGGUACUUUUAUCAACGCAAGCAACUACGUCUGCCGAAAGUGCAAAAUAUUCCAAGUCCUUUGAAGAAUCAGCCUUUUAUCCAGGAUUAUCUGAGGAAAACGUAUGUGAAACAAGAGAAUUUUGUGCACAACUUUGCACCCCGUCUGGAGAAGGUAGUUUUAACUGUAGCUGUUUUCCUGGAUAUCAGCUUAUGAAAGAUGGAGUCUCUUGUAAACCAAUGAAACGCGCCAAAGGCAGCAGGUGUGAGGAGAAUAAUCCUUGUGAUCAUGAUUGUAUCGAUACGGGAACCACAAUUGAAUGCUCGUGUAGAGACGGUUAUGAACUGGGUGGAGAUAAAAAAUCAUGUAACGAUAUCGAUGAAUGCGAGCUUGGAAUUUAUCAAUGCGAAGCAGGCGAAGAAUGUGAAAACGAUGAAGGUACCUAUUUAUGUUUUGUUAUUGAAUUAGACGCAGAUGAAGAAACAUACAGCAAAUGCCCUGUUGGACACAGGUUUAACGUCAAAAAAUCCGUAUGCGAUGAUAUUGACGAAUGUGAAAUUCCUUUGAUUUGUCCACCACCAAAAGUAUGCAAAAAUUCUAUUGGAUCAUUUAAGUGCGAUGGGCCAGAUUGUCCUCCAGGAUUCUACUACAAGGCUUCAAUUGAAGCAUGCGCAGAUAUCGACGAAUGUAUAAGCGGAGACAACGAUUGCAACAAAAGUUCUCAGUUAUGUGUUAACACAAAAGGAAACUAUACUUGCGUGGAUAAAGCAUCCAGGCAAGCUUGUCCCGCUGGAUUUAAAAAAAAUGACGAGACUCUGCUCUGCGAAGAUAUUAACGAGUGCGAGGACUACCUAAAAGUAUGUGUGAAAGACGAACAAUGUAUCAACGAAGAGGGUGGCUAUAAAUGCAUACCCAUUGACUCAAAUAAUCAGCUAAACAAUAACAUUCCGAUAACCAUUCCUUCAAAAAUUGCAGAAUCAUCAGAGCCGCGGUCAUGCCCUCGUGGUUUCAAAUAUAACAUGACGCAAAACACCUGCGAUGAUGUUAACGAAUGUCAGCUACGCUUAGACAAUUGUUCUCCGAUGCACAGAUGUGAUAAUUCUAUUGGAUCGUUUUAUUGUACAAGGACAGUUUCAUGCGGUACAGGUUAUACUCUCAAUUCGGCAAACGACCUCUGUGAAGACGAUGAUGAAUGUGCGUUAGGUACGCAUAAUUGCAACGAUCUUGGAACAAAUUACAGAUGUAAGAACCAAAUGGGCACUUACCGAUGCGAACCUCUUAGACCUAUUUAUCGCCAUCCUUCUAUUACUUCUACCACUACGACCACCACCACUACUACUACUACUACUAAACCGCAUAUAGUAACUGUUUCUAAAACUACCUUAGCAGCCAGCACCACAAGCACAAACGUCUAUACUAGUAUGAGUACGGGAACUGCAUUGCCUAGCAACUCUGAUAAUUAUAUAACAACUACUUUAAAACCUAUUCCCAUCAGAAACCCGUGGGGGGAACCUUUUUAUGGCAAUAACAGAAAGCCCUGGUGGCUAACACAGCAGGAAAAAACAAGGUAUCCUUAUCAACUAACUACUAGAAGAGUGCCUACUUACGUAACUAGAGCACCAAUUAGACUGGAACCAUAUAAUCCGUACUCUAGAACCCCGUAUGCUCCGUUUUAUAUUCCAACCAAGAAAACUACAAUAUUGCCAAUUAUUAAUGACAUGUUAAAAAAGUGUCUGCCUGGGUACAAGAUGAGUGCAAAUGGGGAUUGUGAAGAUAUCAACGAAUGUCAGAGCAACCCAUGCCCCAGGGGCUCUAAAUGUAUAAAUUUGAACGGGAGAUUUCAAUGUAGCUCACCACUGUUUUGUAAAAUUGGAUACGAGCCUAAUGAAGCAGGCGAUGGAUGUGUUGAUGUAGAUGAAUGUGCUAAAGGCGGUCUUCAUAACUGCAGUAAAACCCAAAUUUGCAGAAACGGACAGGGAUAUUACACCUGCGAAUGCCCUCCAGGACACCAUCUGAAUAGAAUGACUCAAGCUUGUGAAGAUUUGGAUGAAUGCAAAUUUUAUAAGCCAUGUGGAAACUACGCUGACUGCAAGAAUACAAUAGGGUCAUUCGAAUGCUUAUGUCAUUCUGGAUUUAAGAUGAUACAAAACGCUUGUCAUGAAAUAAAUGAAUGUGAAGAAAUUACUGGUUUGUGUCAAGAUAUCUGUAUCAACUUAUGGGGAUCUUAUAGAUGUGCUUGCAAACCUGGAUAUACUUUAAACCCAGAUAACAGGACCUGUGUGGAUAUCAAUGAAUGCGAACGCUUUAAAGACCGCAAGCUAUGUAUUGGAGAUUGCGUAAAUGUUCCUGGUAGUUAUUCUUGCGACUGCCCAAAGGGUUACAAACUGGGAAGUGACAAAAGAGUUUGUAUAGAUAUUGAUGAAUGUCAGCAAAAUGUUUGUGGACCCCAAGACGCUUGUGUUAAUAUUCGAGGGAGCUUCAAAUGCUAUCCAAUUACUUGCACAAACCAUUAUGUCAAAGAUCCAAACCAUAAAGCACGCUGCAAAAGACUAACAUGUGAUGCAAGAGACAACCAAUGUCUACUAAUGCCUGAACAAUACUCUUAUCAAUACUUUGCUUUGGUUUCAAACCUGCCAUUAUCGGAUGAUGGAAUUCCGUUGUUUAAAAUUAAAGGUCCCGAUUGGUCGGCCGCCGUAGCUGAUUUCUCAUUAAAGCUAUUAGAAGUUAAUUGUCCUCCUGGUGUGAAAAAAGUGGAUGCAAGUUUUGUAAAAAAAAUAGACCAUGAGAAUAACUUGAUGGAACUCAGCUUGGUAAAAAGCAUAGAGGGGCCCCAAGAAGUGAAACUGGAAGUUGAAAUGAAACUAUAUCAAAGAAAUACACUUAUUGGGCGAGUUGUAGUGUAUAUCAUUAUAAUAGUAUCAGAAUUUACAUUUUAAUGUUAUACCUUAUUUAAAAAACACCUAAUGUCUGCGACACCUCAUCAGUUUCUACACUUUAUAUACAUAUUACAGUAAAAAAGUUUGACGUAUUAAGUAUAUUCGAUAGACUUCAUGCCAACGUACGGAAAUUUCAUUUUUAAAAUUGCCAGUUUAUUUAUUAAAAGACAUCCCCCUAGUGUUAGACUCUUCUGAACAAAAUCCAUAAGAAUAUUUUUUAGUUCUACUUGAAAAUAUGAUAUAAACACCUGCAUAAGAAGUUUUAUUUUAUAAUAACAGUAUUUACUCAAUGUAAUUGGAAGGUGGUUGCUGAGUUAAGGUUAGAAAGCAAAAAAACAAAUAUGGAAUUGGCCAACUACUGUACACAGAAAUAAUGUUUUUUUCUUAUAGGUAGGUAUGCGGCAAUAAUCAAUAAAACAAAAGCCAAAUGACGAUAUUUUAAAUUGAGGUUGAAAUUCACAUCCAUGUUAAAAAAUAUUUGUCUUUGUUAGAAAAAAAACAAAAAAGUUUAUGUUAAUUAACAAUUAGGUACCUACCUACCUACUCACAUACAUGAUUUCUAUAAUUUAGUGAUAAAUUGUCCAAAAUUCCGCAAGAUCUACUUCUUACCAGCAAACUAUUUUUCAACUUCCAAAAAACGCUCAUUAUUGUCAUCAGUAAUAGAUUUUUUUUCUAAAAUUUUAUUUGAUAAUGUAGAAUAGGACAAUUUUUUUUUUGAUGAGAUGUUCGUGACCGUUAUUUUUCCCAAGCCAGCCUCAAUUUUUUUUUUUUUUGGUAUUGUAUUAUAUUUUUUCAACUGAGGAUGGAUUACUGAUCUCAAAACUAAAAUGGAUAAACAAUCGUACCUACGGAUUGAUUCGCUUAAACUUGUGCGAAAAUUUCGGGUCAAUUCCACGACAGUUGUUCAACGGAACAGCCUAACGCCUGCGCAGAGUCUUAUCUUUUGAACAGCUCUUCUAAAUUUUGAAAUGUCCUUCAAUGCCAAUAUUUUGCGCACAGUUGUCCCAGUUGCUCACAUUUCAACCUGGUUAAUAAGCAGCAUUAAAAGCGUUUAUUGUUUAUCCAUUUUAGUUUUGAGAUCAGUGGGAUGGACGGGCUCCCUAGGCAAGUGCCUGUAAAAAUGUGGCAAGAUUUUGUUGAUAUAAUAUAUUAUCUCAAACAAAUAGAA